GCCGCCCAGCGGGGAGCCCAGCUGGGUGCCAGCGCCCGCGCCAGCGAAGCGGAGGAGGCCGGCGCCCGAGGCGGGGCAAAGUUCCUCCCAGCGCCGCGAGGACCGGAGGGCAAGGCCAGCGCGCGACGGCGGGCUUGCGUCCGGGGCACAGACGCGACGGGCCCGCACUGGGCGGGGACCGCGUGCGGCUGCUGGGCCUGCGGCUGUAGGACGCGCAGAGUCCACCUGGCGGCCAAGAGCGCUGGCGACCACUGAAGCUCCUGGGGGCCUUCGGGGUCCGGGCUGCGCCUGUGCCCGCGGGAAGGCUGGGCGCUGCCCACACGCAGCCCCUGCUCCAGGCCAGCCCCGCAGGGAGACUACCGGGGCGGUGGUAGGUGGGCGGGGCCGGGUCGGGGGCUGCUGUGGGCUGCCGACAGGCAGCGCGCGGGCAGCCCUCGGCAGACGGCCAAUGGCGGCGGCGCUCGGGGCGCGGGGGGCGACGCGGCGCUUGUUGGCGGCGCUGCAAGGCCAGAGCCUACGGCUCGCGGCCGUGUCGUCAGGUACUCACAGGUUGACUGCAGAGGAGAGGAACCAAGCUAUACUUGACCUUAAAGCAGCAGGAUGGUCGGAAUUAAGUGAGAGAGAUGCCAUCUACAAAGAAUUCUCCUUCCACAGUUUUAAUCAGGCAUUUGGCUUUAUGUCCCGAGUUGCCCUACAAGCAGAGAAGAUGAAUCAUCACCCAGAAUGGUUCAAUGUAUACAACAAGGUCCAGAUAACUCUCACCUCACAUGACUGUGGUGAACUGACCAAAAAAGAUGUGAAGCUGGCCAAGUUUAUUGAGAAAGCAGCUGCUUCUGUGUGAUUUCUUCCAAAAUACAUGUAAAAUCUUGUAUACAUCUUAGCUGCAAUGUAUGUUGAAGGAAAUUUAUGUGAACAGAGUUGUUCUUUUUUUUUUUUUUUUUUUUUAGACAGAGUCUUGCUCUGUUGCCCAGGCUGGAGUGCAGUGGCCUGAUAUGAGCUCACUGUAACCUCCACCUCCCGGUUUCAGGCUAUUCUCCUGCCUCAGCCUCUUUAGUAACUGGGAUUACAGGCAUGCACCACCACGCCUGGCUAAUUUUUGUAUUUUUAGUAUAGACGGGGUUUCAUCAUGUUGGUCAGGCUGGUCUCGAACUCCUGACCUCGUGAUCCACCCACCUUGGCCUCCCAAAGUGCUGGGAUUACAGGCGUGAGCCACCGCGCCUGGCUGUUGAGUUGUUCUUAAGGCAUCAUAUCUAGAAGCAAAAAAAAAAAAAAAAAGAAAAAGAAAAAUAAUUUAUGUUGUGUAAA